AUGAUUGACACGGAUGUCCGGUAUCUUGGUGCCUCGCUAAGCGAUUCGAGCUUGGCCGGAGCAUCGUUGGUGGAGGCCCACGUUCGGCAAACACCUUCACAGAUCCGACUGCUGGCGGAGAUUCUGAGGACCUUGCAGGCGGACGGUCUUCUAGUGGAGGCCACUCCGCUCAAGUCGAUUCUCGAGGUGAAGGUCGGCGGUCAACCUCCAGGACUUCUGGCGGUACGCGAAUCCGCUCAAGGGACGUGCCAGCUCGUUGCGCGACGCUGGAAAUCAGCCAGAUCGACGACCCGAGCACGCUGCACCGGUCUCAGCACCUCUAUCCGGGUGGUCCCGCCGCCGACGUCACCGAACACGAGAAGGACCUGUACAAUAGCCCGGGAAGUGUACAACUGUGUGAUCAACCAGGAGUAG